CGAUGUGGCGUCACUGCUGACUGAAGAUGGCGGCGCCGAGGAGGAGUCUGCUGCAAAGUGAGCAGCAGAGCUGGACAGACGACCUCCCUCUCUGUCAUCUUUCUGGGGUCGGAUCAGCUUCCAAUCAAACCUACAAUUUAGAGGGACUGGGUAAGGAAGAGCAUCCACGUGAAGACAACUGGCUCAAAUUCAGGGGGGACAAUAUUUACCUGUAUGGAGUGUUCAAUGGUUAUAAUGGCACCAGGGCUACCAACUUCGUGGGGCAGCGGCUGGCAGCUGAGCUUCUGUUGGGGCAGUUACACUCAGACGUCACUGAUGCAGAGGUUCAGAGAGUAUUGUUACAGGCUUUUGAUGUCGUCGAGAGAAGUUUCCUGGAAUCCAUUGAUGAUUCCUUGGCAGAAAAAGCAAGUCUCCUAUCUCAACUCCCAGAGGGUGAAGUCCACCAGCAGCUCCCUAGCCAGUAUCAGAAAAUUGUGGACCGGCUAAACACCCUCGAGAAGGAAAUAUAUGGAGGAGCAAUGGUCAUUGUAGUGCUCAUUGUGAACAACAAACUUUACGUGGCUAAUGUUGGUACCAACAGAGCUCUGCUUUGCAAAUCAACUGUGGAUGGGCUACAAGUCACUCAACUUAAUGCUGAUCACACAACAGAAAAUGAAGAUGAGAUAUUCCGUUUAUCUCAACUGGGGUUGGAUGCAGCCAAGAUUAAACAGGUGGGCAUAGUUGGAGGCCAGCACAGCACACGACGCAUUGGAGAUUACAAGAUCAAGUACAACUUCACUGACAUGGAGUUGCUGAGCACUGCCAAAUCUAAGCCAGUUACCGCAGAACCAGAGAUCCAUGGCUGCCACACGCUAGACGGCGUAACAGGUUUUCUGGUGCUAAUGUCUGAAGGACUUUAUAAGGCUCUAGAAGCUGCACAUGGACCAGGACAGGCGAACCAGGAGAUAGCAGCAAUGAUUGCCACAGAGUUUGCCAAGCAAGUGUCUCUUGAUGAUGUUGCUCAAGCAGUCGUGGAGAGGGUGAAGCGAAUUCACCAUGACACGUUUGCCAGUGGAGGGGAACGUGCAAAGUUCUGCUCCAAGCAUGAAGAUAUGACGCUGCUUGUGCGUAACCUUGGCUACCCUUUGGAGGAGGAGGUCCAGCCCACCCUAACUCCCACUCAGGGUGGCCGCAUAUAUCCUGUUUCUGUGCCGUAUUCUAGUGCUCAGAAUACCAGUAAGACAAGUGUCACACUGUCUUUGGUGAUGCCGUCACAAGGAACAAUGGUGAAUGGAACUCACAGCAGUUCAACUCUGGAUGGGACCACCCCUACGCUACAAUCACCAAGUGCUACUCUCCAGUCCACCAAUACCCAUACGCAGAGCAGCAGCUCCAGCUCAGAUGGUGGUCUUUUCCGCUCCCGUCCAUCCCCUUCACUGCAACCGGAUGAAGAUGGUCGUGUGGAACCCUAUGUGGAUUUCACUGAAUUCUACCGCCUCUGGAAUCUGGAGCAUGGGGACCCUGGAACGCCCCUUCCUGUUCAGUGAGAUGGCUAUUGAUUGAACCCUCUUCUGCAUAAGCUGGAGGAGUGAUUAUCACACAGACAUUGAACUCUGCAGCCUCCAACACAUCUCUCCUUAUGUAGUUAAUUUCUGCAAGAGGCCUCUCAGUGACUUCAGUCAGUAUAAGCAACUGCAUUCUAUGACAUUCUAAAUGUUGCUCUACUGGAACAAUAUACAAGAAAAAAAAUCAUAACUUAUGCAGCAUUAUCAUCUGCAAAUCCCUUAUGUUAUUUUACAGAAGACACCCACAAGUCUUUCCUGGAAAAAUGUAUAAAGCGGUAGAAAGAAAAUAAAUGUAAAUGCCUUGCUUUACUUCUAGUAAAGUAUUCUCUACAGUAUAUUGAUAACAUUAACACACAUAAGACUUACUGGUGCAGAAAGAAGAGAGGGUCCUGCUCUAUUGAGCUUACAAGUACUGAUGUUUCUAACAUACAAUGCCUAUAUCACAGAUUACUGUGAUAUAUGGCAUCACAUCAGGUUGCAUAUGAUGAAAUGCUCAGUGUAACUAACCUCCCUGCUAAAACACUUCACACAAAUAACGUUACCAUUAGACUUGUGCAUUCGGAUUUCAACAAAUUUUAAUGAACUGUUUGAAAAUGAGAAAAAGCAAAAAAAAGCUAAAAGCAAAAUUUUUCAUUUGAAUUUAGUUCUCCGCGCUCAAUCGUUCUUCAUCACACUUCCUCACAAUGCCUCCCUACCUUCUCUGCCUUUUUCUUUGUGUUCUCCAUGUCUUCCUCUUUCUUUGGUGAUGCGCUUCCUUACCGUGGCCUCCUGGAGCACAACCACAUCAGGACAGAGCCUUGGUGGGCACCACAAGGACAACCCGCCAACGAAUGGAUCAAAAAGAAACAAGAAAAAAAAAUAAUUUAGUCUAGUUACCGUCCUCUUAGAGCAUAAUGGGAGUUCUUUCCUUAACUUUUUGUGUAGGGUUAAAUCUUAAUUUCAAACUGUUGCAAAGUCAUAAUAUCUAAUGACAAUUAAUGAGUCAUAUGUUUUGUUCUGAAAUGGUUUGGGCCAUUUUCAAAAUAAUGUUUGGUAAUUCAAAGUCAUAAUGCUGGUUAUAAAGUACCUUAAAAUGCAUGUUUUUUUUUCUUUAACAAAUUUUACUAAAACUUACCAUAGGGAUGCUACUAUAUAUGCGUUUGUUAAAGAAAAAAAAUUCUAUGCUCUAUAAUAUCUCAAAAUACUAGCGCACAUGCUACAUUUAACAAUAUGACAUUACUUGCCCAUGGCCUAUUUUCGUGGAAGUAAGUAAAAAAAGCAUUAAAUGCAGACAGGUGAAUAAUACCGGGAGAAGGCAAUGAGGACCUAUCGCUAACAUGUUUUUUUUGCUAGCUUGAUUAUUUUAACACAACCAACGUAAGUGUGUAACGAAAGGGGUUUUUUAUUGACCAAACAUAAAACAGAAGUUGCCAUAAUAUGUAAAUAUGUGUAUACAAUAAAGUAUAUGGUAUUCUGUUUUCUG